UCUUUAGUUCUAAAUAGCGAUAGAACUUGAAGAUAACAUAAUAUAAUUCUGCCCGGAAUAAAAUUCACUCAUGAGUACCACGAGAGCUUCAAUUCUGUCUGUUGUGCAUAUCUUAUGAUGGAGAAAUUAGGUUCAAGAAUACUGUCUGUACAUGAGAUCCUUCUCGUCGAUGAAAUAUUCUGUUCCUUUAAUCUGAUAUUUUGUAACAAGUGUUUAGGAUUGUUUCAGAACCAUUCAUUAUGAUUUGGGGUAAAUCUUGUAUACCCACCUGAAAAAGUCAUGUUUUUCGUUGGCUACAAAGUUCCAUGGAUCUUUAAUCUUACCUUUGUAACAGGGUUGACGUGACCUGAUGUUUGAGAUGCAAGUAGUCACAUGCAUAAGCAGAGUUUUUUUUAUUCAAUCAUUUUGUCAAUCCUUAUGACUGUCACUCACUCUAAAUUAGUGAACGAAGUUGAUGUGGAGAGGCAUGCCAGAGACUUUAUGGAAGCUGCCAAAAAGCUUCAACUGUACUUUAUCGGUCUGCAACGUGAGGAUCUGCCAACGAAGGCUGAACAACUAAGAAAGGAGAUUGAUGCAAUGGAAGAGGAGUUGAGGAUAAAGACCGAGAUCAUCAAGAAGCAUGAAAGGUUGAUCCAAGGGUGGAAAAAGGAGCUGAAAGACCAAUUGGACAAGCACAACACUGAGCUUGAGAGGGUUUAGUUACUUGAGCAAUACAAUUGUAGUAAUCUAUGGGAUUCUGUUUGUUGGUCGAUCAAUUUGUAGCGUCCGUAAAGAUUCUGUGUGUUCUUUUUAAACAUCCUUUGCAAUUCAACUCUAUCGUGCACAAACUACGAUCAGUAAAGAUUAAAAAUGUUGAUUCUACAA